AUGGACGCCUUCCACAUCUCCGCCACCGGCCACAGCCUAAACUACCUCCCCGAAUACCUCGCCCAACGCCGUGGCCUCUUCAAAGAACAAGGGCUGCACGUUACCGUCAGCGUGCCCUCACCCUGGGACAACGUCCUUACCGAUCUCGCAAGCGGAAAAGCCGACGCGGCCCUGGGCGGCAUCUGGGUCCCCUCGAUGUACCGCAGCCGAUCGACAAGCUACACGGCCUUUGCGCAGGUCGCCAACCGCUCGCCCCUCGCUUUACUCAAACGAGGUUCGAGCGAGGGAUUCCAGCUUUCGGCUUCGGAACUGGCGGGCAAGACGGUCCUCUUGAAGUCCGGUAAUGGGGCGAGCGUGGGCUUGUUCUUCAAGAUGUUGCUGCGCGAGCACGGGGUGGACCCGAACUCCGUGCACUACGUGCAAGACCUCGAGGGAACAAUGUUAGCUGAGCUCUUUGAAGGCGGGAUGGGCGACUACUUUGUGAUUGACAACGUGAGUGCGAGAGCCAUGGCGGCGCGGAACCCUAAUGUCUCGGUCGCGAUGGAGAUGGUUGCGGAUGGCGGCGAGAUUCCAUGGAGCGUAUACUAUACCGAGACGGACAGGAUGACGCCGGCGGCUCUCGAGAAGCAGCGGCGGUUCUGCAUCGCACUGGAAAGGGCUAUGGACUGGGUUCUUGCGAAUGAUGCGGCGAGGUAUAAGGAUGAGCUUGCUGAACUCUUCCCUGCUGUUUCUCCGGGGCUGCUGGUUGAGCUCACCAAUGCGUACCGUGCAAGUGGGAUGUGGACGAGGCCGACUGUGACGCGCAAGGGGUUCGAGCGCUGGCAACAGGGUCUCGUCGCUGGGCGGUUGAUACAGCGGCCUUUUGCUUACGAGGAGAUGGUUUAUACCGGAACUACGUCUCGGGAGGGCGCUUGA